AUGUAUUGUUGAGGUAUCCCUUUGGGGAACAAGCGACUAAGACGUUGAGCUCUUGGGUUUUACUAGGGCUUAUUCGAUUUCUAGAAAAGAUUGGAUUUCCCCCCAAAAUAUUUUGGUGGAAUAUCAGAGAAAUGAAUUUCUUGAAGUUGAGUUCUCUCGACAAGCUCCGGAACACUAGAAAUUUGGUUGCUGCUCGAUCUGCGAUCAGCUGCCGCGCAAUCUCCACGGCUCCUCCGCCUCUGCUUAAUCGAUCGUCGGCCCACGUUGCUCCACGUCAGCUCCCUCGCCCGUUCUCCGCCGCUGUCCGGCACAUCCGCUACUCCCGGGACCCUAGCUCCAGGUAUGAGAUUCCACCGCCAACAAAUUGGGGAAUUCGGAUUGUGCCUGAGAAGAAGGCGUAUGUUAUUGAGCGAUUUGGAAAGUAUGUGAAGACAUUGACUCCUGGGAUACAUGUAUUAAUUCCGCUUGUUGAUAGAAUUGCUUACGUGCAUUCCCUAAAAGAAGAGGCUAUUCCCAUUCCUGACCAGUCUGCUAUUACCAAGGAUAAUGUCAGCAUUCAAAUUGAUGGAGUCCUCUAUGUUAAGAUAGUAGACCCGAAGUUGGCGUCUUAUGGAGUCGAGAAUCCGCUGUAUGCUGUAAUCCAGCUUGCACAAACAACCAUGCGAAGUGAGCUUGGUAAGAUCACCUUAGACAAGACUUUUGAGGAAAGGGACACGCUCAAUGAAAAUAUAGUGAUUGCCAUCAAUGAAGCUGCAAAAGAUUGGGGCUUGAAAUGCCUUCGUUAUGAAAUAAGGGAUAUAUCUCCUCCACGUGGGGUGAGGGCAGCAAUGGAGAUGCAAGCUGAAGCAGAGCGCAAAAGAAGAGCUCAAGUUUUAGAAUCUGAAGGAGAAAGGCAGGCAAAUAUUAAUAUUGCAGAUGGGAAAAAGAAUGCAGUAAUCCUUGCAUCAGAGGCUGCCAAGCUAGACCAGGUUAACAGAGCUCAAGGAGAAGCAGAAGCUAUUCUUGCUAGAGCACAAGCAACUGCAGAAGGAAUUGCUCUUGUAUCGCAGUCCCUCAAAGAAAAUGGGGGUGUGGAGGCUGCUAGUUUAAGAGUUGCUGAGCAGUAUAUUCAUGCCUUCAGCAAGAUUGCAAAAGAGGGAACAACGGUGUUGCUCCCAUCAAGUGCUUCCAAUCCUGCCAAUAUGAUGGCUGAAGCCUUAGCAAUAUACAAGAACUUGAUUGGCAAAGAUUCUGGUGAUCGGCUUCUUGAGAUCCCCCAAGCUGGAUUGAAGGACCACAUUAAAAAUGAUUCUUCUUCAGCAUCUGACGAGGACAGCUCCCAAACCGCUGAUCGAGAUCAUUCUCAACUUGGAGAACCCGUUUUCUCACUGCAAAGCCAAAGGAAGGAUGAGCAUUGAUAAUAAGGAUUACAGGCAAUCCCAUGCCCAUUGCAGAAAAGGUCGUUCUCCGUUUCUUAUUACCAGGAAGUUUUAUUGCCGAACUGUCUGUUUCGUAGAGAUUACAAGAAUUAACUGCUCCAAGGUAGAAAGUAACCAAUUCUUUCACCACAUUGUUUCCUGUAUUGGAUUUGUCAAAGCUCAUGAACUCUUUGAGGUUAAGAGACAGAGGCAGUAGAAAUUUACGCAAAAAAAAACUAACUUCAAUACUGCUGCAAAAACAUUGUUGUUACACACCUGGAUGAAUGUGCAUAGACACAAAGGUAACUUUUAUUUUCUUAUAUUUGGACAGUUGUAGACAUUCAUUUUAGUUGCAUCUUUUCAGAUGGGAUCUGAAGCUUUUCAUUUUAAUUGCAAUUUGUCUGUGAGAACAGUUAUUAUUA